GUAAAGGCUGGAUGAAGGCAGAACUCGCCGUCUCCACCUUUUGGCCCAAUGAAUAUCAGAUCUGCAUGGGAGACGAUGGCGCGAUGCAGAGCGCUGUCUGUGAUUGUGCACGGGGGAUGUACAAAUGCAGCCACGCUGCAGCAUUGGCAAUAUUUGCCAUGUGGCAGAUCAGCUCCACAGAUGUUGAGUGCCAGUGGAGGAAGCCUGGCACUUCCAAAGUAGUCCAGCCGGUGUCUCAACUCUAUCAACAGCAAGAGGAGACAUACAACCCACUGGCCAGAGACAUCGCCACUCAGGAUGUAGACUGGUUCAGGUCUGCACUGAGGGGCACACAGUGUGGCAUGGCAUGGCUUUUAUCACCUGAGCCAGAGCCGCAGCCUCAACAUCAGGCCAUUGUCACCGUGCCGGAGCUGGUGAAGGAGCAUGGGGGUCGGGGGCUUGAGGCAAUUCUUGCCUCAAUGCGACUGACAAGAGACCGUAGGACAGCGGACAAAUCCCCAGUGGCAGUUACACAGACAGGACAGGUUGACAGCCAGCAAUUUUGGUGCUGUGCUGAGGUCGGGACUUUCAUCCACUCCAUGCGCGUCCCUCAUGAAGAGGGUGCUUGGGGGUUACAAUUUAGACGGAGUCAUGGCUGUCAACUGGGGAGUUGUAAAUGAGGCCGAAGGGGUGAAGGCUUUUGUGCAGGCCUAUCGGGUGACAGUGAUCGACGCUGGUCUCUUUGUGAGUGAGUCGGGUGUUUUGGGAGCAUCACCCGAUGGACUUGUGCAGCCAUCUGCCCUGCUGGAGGUGAAGUGUCCACACAGCCAGAGGAACAUGACCAUCGCGGAGGCAGUCCAGUUACCAUCCUUCUGUCUCCGUGAGGAGGGUGGGUCUUAUGUUCUCAAGGAGAAUCACCCAUACUGGCACCAGGUCCAAGGGCAGCUGCACAUCACAGACCGGAGUAUCUGCUAUUUUGUUGUGUGGACCACGAAGGAGGCGAUCAUCAUCCCCAUCAACAAAGACCCUGCAUGGCAUGGAAAUCGCCUCCUCCUGGAGAACACUACACUCAGCAUAUGCUCCCUGUGUUGGCCAGUAGAGAGGAGGACAUAUAAAUAAACACACACACACACACACACGAUAUGUAACUAAUAAACAAUAAAUCCCAUGUUGUUGAAAAAGUAA